AGUCAGAAGUCCUUGACAGGAAAAUUCUUCAGUUAGUUUUGUCAUAAUUUUGUCAAUGUUAACAUUUCGGAUGUAACACAUUUCCAAAAUUAUCCUUUAUUAAAUUCCCAUCGAAAAUUUAUCCCCUCACACAUAAUAACUCCCUAAAAGUUUUCUGGAUUUCAAUGUAAGGAAAAAUCCAAAAAUCAGAUAUUUUAUAUUAUAGAUGCAAGUUCAAACUUUUCUAUUGGAUUCGGGUAGUGUGUUAUAAGAUGUUAUCUAUUCAUAGUAAUGGGCCACGCAAUUUCAGUACCAAGAUUUCUAAAGACGAAAAAUGUGAUAAUUUCCAAGCAACAGCUUUACGCAGUACAACAAUGUAUUCAGUUUUUAAAAGAAAAUUGCAACUACACCGGAAUUUUUAUAAAUUUUGGCUCCCAAAUUAAAGUUCGUCGAAUAAUUUCGAAAAUUCGUUCCGGUGACGAAAACCUUCUCGUAUUUCUUAAAUUAAGUUGUACACCGCGUGAAUGUGCCUCAGCAUUAAGCCAAUUUCUCCAUAAAAUUGGGAAACCAUUACUACCAAGACGAGUCCAACAGCUGCUAAUUGCUGAGAAUAAAGGCAUAUGUUCGCGAACUGUUGCUUUGGAUGCUCUGGGUCUAAUAAAUGACGAACUCGAAGGAACCCAUCUAGAAUUGUUUAUGGCAAUCAUGGAUUUGAUGAAAAUUCUAUCAACGGUUGGAAGUCUACGUCCCACGGAGGUGCGAGUAUCGCACGCUCCAUACCUAUUAAUGCCACUUUUGUUCUCAACAUCGGAUAAAUUAGUGAAAAAUUGGCGAAGCAUAGCAGAUAUCUUAAACGAAAUGAUAAUCUGCUUCGAUAUGUAUGUUCAGGCUCCCGAAAUUUUUCAAGGAAUUCCCUCGAUACCGCCUGUAUAUCAGGGACAAGCGAUGGCAAGAAGCAGGAAUUAUAAUGUUUUGAUGGAACCUCUUCUGGGACGGUUACCUCCGAGAGGUCGUUUACAUCCAGGUCUCCAUUUAUUCAUGCCCAUUAAUCAACCAGCCCCACAACCCAACCUGAACACAGCGCCAAUAUGAAAGGAACUUUCGAGGUUUUGGCGAAUCCCUUUUAGGACAGAUAAACAUCAAAUGAAGAUACUCUCCCCACAUGGUUUAGAAAAAUUCAACUUUAAAUUUAACCGAAUAGAUUUUCGAGAGA